AGCUCCAGUAACGGAGCUCCAGAGAGCCAGAAGGUGGACGGCGGCUCCCUCAGCCCAGAGGCAGUGGAGGAGCAGCGGGUGGCAGACGGCAAGCGUAUUGGCCGGGACCCCGAUACCCGAUCAGUGUCCUUGCUAGAGCAGAAACGCAAAGUGGUUUCCUCCAGCAUUGAUGUCCCUCACGCCAGACGGUCAGAGGAGGAAGUGGAUAUGGACAAAGUGACGGCUGCCAUGGUGCUGACAAGCCUCUCCACCAGCCCGCUGGUCAGGAGUCCACCUGUCAAAGUCAACGAAGGUCUGAGUGGUUCGUGGAAGGACAACGGCUCAGCUGGCCCCUUCACCCCGUCCAGCAACAGCUCUUCAGGGGGCUACUGGAGCUGGUCUGCCCCCAGUGACCAGUCCAACCCUUCUACACCUUCCCCGCCACUCUCGGCUGACAGCUUCAAGCCCUUCCGUGUGCCCAGUCUGGGCGGUGUGGGACCCGGCCCUGCGGGGCCUGAAGACCCCAGCCUGGACGAGCAGGAUGGAAGCAGCCUGCUCUUCGAUGAGCCCAUCCCUCGCAAGCGCAAGAACUCCAUGAAGGUGAUGUUCAAAUGCCUGUGGAAGAACUGUGGCAAGGUGCUGAGUACAGCUGCUGGCAUCCAGAGACACAUCCGUACCAUCCACCUGGGGCGUAACUGUGACUCGGACUGCAGCGACGGCGAGGAGGAUUUCUACUACACGGAGAUCAAGCUCAACACGGACUCGGUGGCCGACGGGCUGAGCAGCCUGUCCCCCGUGUCCCCGUCCGUCCUCUCUCCCCCUCCUCCUCCCCCCUCUCCUCUCCCUUCUCUCAGCCAGCUGCCGGACUCCCACAGACCUCCGCAAUCUUCUGACCCCAAGGAGCCUCACGCUGGCGGCACCACCCCGCUCAGCCGCUCUGCGCCUAGCGCACUCUACCUCAUCCACACGGACCACGCCUACCAGGCCACGGCUCCAGUGUCCAUCCCGUCCAGCAACAGUAACUCGGCCGGCUCAGCCUCUACCAGCUUCACUCCCACCAACAGCUCCAGCUUUAGCAUCUCCUGGCAGUCACCGCCCGUCACUUUCACUGGGAACUCGGUGUCGCCCAGCAAAAGCCAGGGCUUCGGUGAACAGCGCUCCCAGACCAUCGCCGUCCUCUCGUCCCCUCCUAGAGCAACCACCGCCCUCAGUCGAAAGGUGCGUGGAGAAGGGAAGAAGUGCCGUAAGGUGUACGGGAUGGAGAACCGCGACAUGUGGUGCACCGCCUGCCGCUGGAAAAAGGCCUGCCAGAGAUUCACCGACUGAGCGUUUCCCCACCAACAUCGCAGCGCGCCACGCCAACAGGCUCUGCUGCCUUUUCGCCGGAGAACUGGGGGAGGGGCAUCAUUUUGCAUGCAUUUGGUUUUCUUCAACUCAAAGUCGCAACUGUCCGUCAAGGUCUAGCUUCGCCCCCUAUCGUCGCCCUCCUCAGCUUCACCCAACCAUUCCAGCUGUGGAAGGAACCAUAGGACAGCGGAGUCAGCUUUUUACAUUGCCGUCCAGGAUUCUCAGUACUGCCUCGCCAUUCCCAUCACUCCCAGUUUUGGGGAAACCCCAGUGCAGCUAAACAGCGUAAAGAAAAAAAUAGAUCUCCUCUUCUGUUUUUUUAUGUUGGGUUCAGUGUUGCAUCUUUCUAUGUUUUGUAAAGCUCUGGUUUUUAAAUGGAAAGUCUUGUCAAAGAAGGGGUCCAGAAAAGAAGGCCAAAAGCUUUUUUGUGUGUUUUGUUAAAAAACAUUUUUAUCCAAAAGAAGAAUGGGCCUCUUUGCUUCAGUUUUUGAAGAACUUUAUGAAAAAGCAAGGAGGUAAAGCUCACAGUUUUUGUUCUUCCUUCAUCUCUCGUUUUAUUUCUGGACUUUUUGAGGUGAUCUUUUAUCACUGACACCACAGCCUCUCCCGGUUCUUUACCUGCUCUUCACUCCUGACAGCCCAGAGGGAAUGUACAGCAGAGCCGGGAAGGGCAGGUUGACACGUAGAAAGAAAGGGACGAAUAGAGACACACAAGGUGAAUGAUCAAUGCAAAAAAGAUACAAUUUACAGUCAGGGAAAGCAGAUGGACCAUGCCAGUGAUUUACAACAUAAAAACAGCAUUCACACACACAAUCAAAGCAGAAGACAGGAACUGUUUUCUAUGUCACUUUUUUAUCCAGUUGAUUCAUUUUCUUUGUUUUAUCAGGGAUGUGAUUCUGAAGAAAGCAAAAACCAGCAGCUAAAACUUGGUGUUAUACUGAAUACAGCACUAACUCAAUAGCUUCUCUCUCUUGCUUUACACAUGACAACUUUGCAACCAAAAACAACUUUAUCUUAUUCUUUAUGUUUUUGGUUUUUGUUAAGGUGCCAUGUUUACUGUUGUUGAUGUUGUUUUUUUCUCUCUUUUUAUUUUACAUUUUUGGCAAAACCUAGACUGUUUACCUACCACCUGCCACAGAAAGUGUGUUAAAAGACCUUCCUGACAGCACUGGAACCAUGAAGUCAGCAGCGUGCAAGGCCAUAAAAAGAUAUAGAGACAGAUCGUCCUCCUCCUCAAUUUUACACCUUCCCAAAGGGAACAAAAUAUCUUUGUGUUUACGAACGCCACAGAGGCGCAUCUUGAUGAUCUGUCAACCAAAGGAGGAGGGCUAAAACCCAAAGUGAGGCACUUGCACUGUAUGUGUAUAACAGAGCACUUGAUACAUUUCUGGUUGAUUUGUAGAGAGUUGAAAAUGUUUCCAUGUUCCACUAGCCCCCUUUUUUUCAACUUAACUGGUUAUAAAAGGAAGUAACAGCAAAAAAAAAGCGAAUAUGUGACCACCCAGAUGUGACUGCUUCCCCUUUCUGAACCAUUAUUUGCUCCAAGAGUUUUGGAGAAGGGCGGAAUAAGUUAUAAGCACUUAAUUAGGUCACUCCUUUGUUAUGCCCUGCACACUCCAUUCAUUUUGCAACAUGCAAGCAAAGCUUUGGCUCGACACGUGAACUUGUUACCAACGAGGAAAAAAGAGGUAAAGAGUGGGAUUGGUAGAAAUAAUGUGGCUAUCUGAUUUGUCAUUUGAAUGUGUAUUUGAAUUCCAGCCUCCUUGUUGGCUCAAAGGCAGGAAACAAAAUCAAGGCCAAAUAGUUUACAGAUGUUCACUUCAGAGUGAUAAAUG